AUGGAGCUGGGAAAGGCGAAACUGCUGAGAACCGGCCUCAAUGCUUUAUACCAAGCCAUCCAUCCUGUGCACGGAAUUGCCUGGACAGAUGGGAAGCAAGUGAUACUGACUGCUUUAUACUACCAUAAUGGAGAGCUGAAGUUUGGAGACUCAAGUGUUGUUGGUCAGUUUGAACACGUGCAUGGGCUUUACUGGGGCCCAUGCUGCUCUACAGAGACCCCAGCUCUGCUUGCUGUUCAGCAUAAAAAGCAUGUUAGCGUUUGGCGGCUGGGCCACAGCACUGCGGAGAAAAACAAACCCUUGAUUUCUCAGACUUGUGAAAUCGGUGAGCCGUUCCCAUUGCUUUCCCAGGGCUGUGUGUGGCAUCCAAAAAAGGAGGUCUUGGCUGUCCUUACAAAAAGAGAUGCUUCAGUCUUGCAUACUGUUCGAACGGACAAUACCAGAGUUAAGGCAGAUAUCAAAAGCAGUGGGCUUAUUCACUGUGCUUGCUGGACUAAGGAUGGUAACCGCUUAGUAGUUGCUAUAGGCAGCACCCUGCAUUCCUAUAUAUGGGAUGAUGCUCAAAAAACUCUAAAUGCCUGCUCCUUUUGCCCAGUCUUUGAUGUGGGAGGCUAUAUCUGUGCUAUAGAAGCCACGCUGGAUUUCCAAAUUGCUGUAGCUACUGAGCUUCCUUUAGAUAAUAUCUGUGGUUUGAACGCAGGCAUUGCAUUUGAUAUGCCAUCUGGUGCUGAAACUAGUUCUUUAACCUCGCAGUCUACUACAGCACUUGGUGAUGAAGAGUACUCCAUGGACCUGCGAAGAAAGUCCACAGACUCUGACAGAUCAGGCACUGUUGAUUCAGUAGCUUCUUCUUCAUCAGGUCCUUUGGAUUUAACCCACAUCCUUGCAAAUCACCGUCGGUCUGAUCCCAGUCCUCUCAUUACUCUGAAACGCAAAGAUUCUGCAGCAAUGAAUGGUCAAGAUUCUUCUUACCUGAUCUUGGUGACUUUUGAAAGGAAGGUAACCACCACCAGAAAAGUCAACAUCCCAGGUAUUCUGGUUCCUGAUAUAAUGGCUUUUGACCUCAGAGCUCAGAUCGUGGCAGUAGCCUCUAAUACUUCUAACAUUGUUUUGGUGUAUUCAGUAACCUCUUCCUGCAUGCCCCAUAUUCAACAAAUCCAGCUGGAAAAAAAUGAAAGACCAAAAGGCUUAUGCUUUUUGUCAGAUAAACUCCUAUUGAUAUUAAUUGGGAAGCAGAAAUUCCCUGAGCUGAGUCUUAUUCCAUCUUCAAAUUCAGACAGGUAUGUAAUGCGCUUGAUGAUCAAAGAACUGAUGCUGGAAGAAGAUGCUUCAACGCUGCCAGACACGAAGCAGCAUAUGCUUUAUAACUUUGUAUCGUCUGUGAACAUACCUGGAAAAAGAAAGUUCUUUGAAAACCUUGCCACAGAAGACCAACAUCAAAGCAGAGACCUGUUAAUACCAAGAAGUACAGUUAUUCAGUCUCCCAGCGGCAGGAGAAGACUCAUCGAAGAAGUGAAGAGCCCUAGUUAUGAGCAGAGCUCUUCAUCAAGUGUUAGUGACUUGGAUGAGAAAAAGCUCCCAGGUGACCCCUCUGUUGCCUUAGAAACUUUGGAUGCUGAACCUAUCAAUCGUUCAAUGGCUCUUCUUGGUUUUGGAACAGCUACCAGGCUUUCCAGCAGACCAGCUGCCCCUAAAGUGCAGUUCAACGUAAUUGAAGAAACAUCGAGUUCUCCUAAAAACAACAAUUUGCCAGGUGAAAGAGGCAUGAGUCACAUAUCUAGAAAUUUAGAGAGACUCUGUGGCAGUUUCAAUGACUUACAACUGAGUCUUUCUGAAAUAACAGACUUUGCUAAAAAUGGGAGAAGGGUAUCUUUAGCCUACCCAAGUUCACAAGAGCCACCGGUCAUUCAUAUCACUUACCAGAAAAAUUUUUCAAAUGGAGCAGUUACUGAAGAAACAAAAGAUGUUCUCCUCUGUGAUGGCAAGAUCCAUUUGAAUUUAGUCCAGCAGCUGUUUGACCUGACCAUUAUUGAAAUGAAACACGGCUCUUCUUGGAUCGUGCUCACUGCAGACAAGGACGGCUUUGUGCCAUUAAUAUUCAAAGCAAGACAGGACAUCAUCAUAAGGGAUGGAACUGACAGUUCAGAAGUCUGCGGUCGUCACUCCUACAAAAAGGGCAGUUUAAUGCAGCCACCAAGCAGAGUGACAUAA